ACAUCCCAUAAUAUCCUUUGACCCAUCAGUCUUUCUUGUGCUCAGACACUUUGAACCUUUUUCAGCAGUUAAAUUAUUAAAUCAUUAAGAAGCCGUUCCGGAGAUAAAACCUGUUCCUUCACAUUCUGAUGAGAAACUUUAAAUCACUUUGUUAUUUCUGUUUUCACAGCAACGUGUCAGCACAGUGUAUUUUCUUUAUUAAUGACAUCACCUCCACGUCUUGUCAUCACUUGAUGGUCAUUUGCCAGAGAACCCCAUUGGUCAGAAGGUUGAAUGUGGGCGUGUAGAGGGCGGGGCAUGAGGCAGAUUCCUGUACGCACGUGUCCAGGUGACCUGUGAUUUACGAAGUGAAUCCUCAGCGUGCGUGUGCACGGUUUAAUGAAUCCUUUGUGUGCACGUGGACUUUUAGUAUGAAUCCUCCAGUGUUUUAUAAAUGAGGACCAGGUCUGAUCAGUGGGAUUGGAUCCAGCUGCUGACAAAGACCCUCAGUUCACUUCAGACCAGCCUCAGGAUCAUGUCGGUCAUUAAAUCCGGAUCAUCUCUGCGGACCCUGGUCCUGACUCCGGAACGACUCCCCGCCUUCCUCAUCCCGUCCCGCAGUCCGCGCCUCAUUUUGUCCCUUCACCGGAGCUCGCCGGACUGGGUCAGACUCCUGUCCGACCACGAUGAGGACAGUGCGGGAGCCAGUCCCCCGGAGGUCCCGCCCAGCCCCGCGGCCUCCCCCCGGUUCCUGCUCCGCCUGCCGCCAAGGCUCAGAAUUCCGCGUCGCUCCGCCGCUGCAGCGGCAGAGUCAGCGGACAUGCCGCUGCCGCACGUGGAGGACGUGACCACGCCCUACGGCUUCCGGGCCGUGCUGGCCGAGAGCCCGCGCACGCACCGGAGAGAGUCCCUGUUCCACCGGAACAAGCCGGUCACCGUGACGGUCACCGACCCCGAGCAGCUCCCGGUAGAAGGUCCCGGUCCCGGUCCCAGUCCCGGCAGGUCCCGGGCGUGUGUCCGGACCGUUAAAUCACUCGGUCUGCAGGUGAUGAAGCAGCUGAAGAUUCUCAGUCCCGCCGCCAGGAGGAGCCAGAGAUCACAGGAUCAAUGAAGCUGAAUGUUUGAUCUCCAUGGUUACCGCAGACUCUGCCCCCUGGUGACCAGUUUGUAUAAUUUUCUCUUUUACUGGAAAAAUGUUGAAUAAAGUUUAAUGUUAGAACUAA